CACAUCCUUUGCCUAAGCUUCAUUCCGUGUUUCUGAAGUCAGCUCCCUGACAAGCCCUCACCUCUGAAGCAAGCCAGGUUUGCUCCUCCUCCUCAUCUGAACAUCAAAGCUGCCAUGAAGUUUCAGGUGUCCCUUGUGAUCUUCAUAUUCUGCCUUGGCGCAGCCGACAGCUUGACAUGCCAGAAGUGCUUGAGCAAGAAGGGGAAGUGUGCGCAGAACCAAGUGGAGGUUUGCGAGAUGUCUCAAGACGCUUGCUUCAUUGAGAUCAAGGACUACGCUGGUUUGGAUGCAGGAACGGUGAAACUGGGCUGCGGCAACUCGAAUUUGUGCCGCCGCUAUCAGAAAGGGAACAGGGGAUCUUUAAGCUGGUCGAUGUAUUGUUGCUCCUUCAAUCUAUGCCAGCCUCUGAGACGUGACGUUCACAGAAACGGAUCAAAAAAUGGUGUGCAGUGUCAAACCUGCAUUGGGAGCGCAGCUGAAUGUGGCCACAAUGCGCCCACAGAGCCAUGCUAUGGGAGUGAAGACCAGUGCGUGCAGAUCUCCCAGCGCUUCCUGCCAGGUGAAGAAACAGAACCCGUCAUAAAGGGAUGUGGAGGCAGUUCCUUUAAGGACACAUUGGUGGCGUACCAGAUCGGGAGAGAUUUUGCAUUUGCUGAGCAAAAGGUCUGCAGCAGUUCCAACUGCAACAACAGGAGCUUCCCAGUCAUAACUUCUGGACAACCCAAUGGGCUGCAAUGCUAUACCUGCCAGGAGUCCGGGCAUGGGGAGUGCGCUCAGGACAGACUGCAAGUUUUAAAUUGCACAGGAGUCAUGGAUCAGUGUGUACGUGUCUUCGACAGAGAGAACAGAACGGUGACCUUUCAGAAAGGCUGUGCCACCAAGACCAUGUGCAGCAGCUCCGAGGAUAUCUACUCCAAAUUGAUGGGGCUGGAUUCCUUUGUAGAGUGUUGCAAAACGUCCCUCUGCAACCAAGCCGGAGAGCUUUCUGGUCCACAGAUUCUACUGAUGGUGGCUGCUUCUGCCUGGUGGCUGGCAUGGAUGGCUUGACCGCAAUGGCGGCUGUCUGGGUGAGCCUUCAAAAAAGGAUCGGGCCAGUCUUUGAAGGUUGGUUGCAUACCUGGGGAUAGGUGCUCGCCGGCUACU